GGCAGAAAAAUCAGUAGCCACUAUGUUGAUCAAAGCUCAACUUUAAAUUUGAUAGAACAUGUUUGGAACUUGUGGAAAGAAGGUCGGGCAAUGGAGAUAGUGGAUUCAUCCCUAGGGGAAUACUCAUCGUCUCUGGCGGAUGAAGUUUUGAGGUGCAUCCAGAUUGGGUUGCUGUGUGUGCAAGAAUCCGCAGUGGACCGACCGACAAUGUCUACCGUUGUCUCCACAUUGGGCAAUGAUAAAGCGGUCCUUCCUCCUCCGAACCAGCCUGCAUUUGUGGUGAAGAAGGCACACAAUGUUGAUGCAAGCGGGGGCACUGGCUCUAAUAAUGAGGUGACCCUUACCCUGGUUCAACCUCGAUAGAGGUUCUUAAUCAAAAAGUACGUACCACAAAUAUAUUUGUUUACAUAUAUAUGAAGGCACAAGUACAAAAUCAAUCAAGGCGUGAGACCAGAGAUAAUGAAAACAAGCAAGAAAUCAUUCACACAGCAGAAAUUGAGGAGAGACAGAAGCAACAUCUCUGAAAGCAACGGUCAAAUUAUAUUAGUAAAGCAAUCUGUAGUUUCCUUAACUGUACCUUAAUUACAGCAUCUAGAUUAGCUCCUAUAAGUGUAUAUAUUGGUAUAUGCUUGUACAGAAUAUCACACAACUGAAUAUAGAAUCAGUAUUCUC